AUGCAAUCUGCAGCUCGGCACAAGCUGCUCGAAGGUGAUGGGAUGGGCAGAGCAACCGGGGAUGCAGGAAAAGGUGAGCUGUUCUGCACUGGAUCAGGGAGACCAGUGUCUGUCAGCGAGAGGGCUAUAAGGAGGGCCAGGGCGUUGGUUGGGGAGGAGGUGGAGAAGGCUGGUAUUAAGAGAAAGCAAUCAUUUGGCGAUGUACCUGAUGUAGAGGGCGAUUUGGGAGAAGUGGAUGCCCCAUUUAGAGGUGGAGUGCAAAACACCACCAUGCCCCCAUUGUUCCAAACUGGAUCAGGAAAAGCGGUCUUGCUGGGCAGGAACUCAAUCCAAAAGGCAAGAGUUGUUUUAGAAGUUAUUUAUAGUGCUGCUGUUGCCGUACAACCAAUGUUCUGUACUGGACUUGGUAGGCCGGUUCCUGUGAACCGGACCUUUAUUGAUAAGGCAAGAGCUGUUUUGGAGGGACAAACAGCUGCAGAACAAGGUGUGGACGGCAUGGAACAGUUUCCGUUGUUCCAAACUGGUUCAGGAAGAGUUGUAUCAGUCAGUUCAGCAUCUGUUCAGAAAGCUAAGUCUGUGUUGAAGGAUAAUAAUACAAGCGAGGAAAAUAUGGAGAGUUUUGGUAGGCCUAACCAGCCUAUGAUGUUCCAAACUGGUUCAGGAAGACCAGUCACGAUCAGUGAAAGAUCCAUUGAGAGAUCUAGAGCUGCGGUGAAUAAGGGAGAUGCGGAAAAGAGUGGACAUUGGGAUACUGGUUGCCAGUUCCCAAUGUUCCAAACAGGAUUAGGGAAGCAUGUUGCUGUGAGCUGGAGCGCAGUUCAGAAGGCAAGGGCAGUAUUGGAGGAAGAAAAAAUUAAAACAACUGGACAUGGAGAUAGCAGUGUUUGUGCCACAACUCUUCAAAGUGAAACGCCAAGGUCUGUUUUGAUGAGUAGCAGUUUGAUCAUGACUGAUAGAAGUGUUACACCAAAUGGAGAUAGUGCAAUGCAAGUCACUCGAAUGGAGAAAAAUCAUGAGGGUGGCAACCACUUGCCGUUGUUUCAAACUGGGUUAGGGAGGUCAAUUGCUAUAAGUAAGAGCUCAGUUAAGAGGGCAACUGCAGUUCUAGAGCCAAGGAAUAUUGCAAAGGAAUUGGAAGAUGAAGCUCAUUUAGAUGGUGGCCAUGACACUUCCAUGUUCAAAACUGGAUUAGGAAGGUCUACCUUGGCAAGUGAUGGCUGUAGAAAUGAAUUGUGUAUCUUAGAGGCUGAAGAAGCAGUCAAAAGUGUAAACAAUUGCAAUGGAGAAGCCUUUGUUGAAGAGGCAGCGUUCCAAGCUGGAAUACAAAAGUUUGUACCCCAAAAUAGAAGUUCAAGUCAUAAGGCCAGUAUGCUUUUGGAGCAACGAAACUUCAUGGAGAAAGGUAGUUUUUGGAAUUAUUGGGUUAUAUAG